GCUUGCGGCAGUCACGCGAAGGCCUUCGACUGUAGCAGACCGCUACGUCAACCGCCUACGAGGACUACGCGGCUACGUGAUGUGGACUUCGUGCCUCUUUUUGGCACUGUUCGUAACAGUUCAAGGACGUGCGGUAAACAUCAGCAACACAUGGGUGCUGCCCGAGGAAGGUUUCCCCGUCUUCUACCGCUACUUCAGGGACCGAAUCUCCUGGUACGAGGCUGAUGCUGUCUGCCAGUUUCAUCAUGCUAAUCUUGUUACAGUUGAUACUACGGCACAAUAUGACGCUGUUCGAGCAUACCUAAAAGAGUUAGAUAUAUCCAGUGCAGUUUGGGUUGGACUCAUUAGAAGCAACCCGGAUGGGGAUUUCACAUGGACUGACUAUAGAGGCUUAAGUGGUGAAGGGUAUUGGAGUUCAGCUCCAGAUUCGCGAACAGCACCACUUUGUGCAGCUGCUGAUCCCGCAGCGGACUAUAGAUGGGAUGCUCGAGCAUGCGGUGGACCUUCUGUUGCCUCCUUUAUCUGCGAACUGCCGGUUCCUCAAUGGGCGCUUGGCAACGAGGGCUGUAUGGUAAAAGCAUUGCCAGCUCUUACUGUCUUGUACCUUCCGGAGAGUGCAGCCGUUCAACUUACAACCGACUGUGGUUUAGCUGGUGUGAAACGCGUUCAAUGCACGGGCAAUGUGAAACGUGAAGAUUUGUUAAAAGAUUUAUCGUGUGCUGAGGAAGAACAAGCUUCAUCUACACUAAAUAUACAUUUUACCAAUUCGGAUUGGCAAGUUACUACUGACGUUUCCAUUGACCAAGAUAAUGAUGUUAUGACUGAGGAGGCUAUUACAACCGGACAUGAAGAUAUAGAACAGGCUAGUUUUAUAAAAUCUACUCCUGUUCAUAAUUAUAUUUUAGGAGAGCGCAACCAAUUUAUAACCAAACAAUAUGAACCAACCACUAGAAAUGAAAAAUUCAUAAAUAUUAACCCUGUGGAAACUAACAAUCUAAAUAAUAAUAUUCCCAGUAUAAUGUUCAAAGAUGAUAUUGCAAGUAACGAGUAUGCGGAUAAGUUAGAGGAUGAACGGCACAUUCAACAUAAGCUAUUGCACGAUGAACUUGCACGGCUUGGUAAUUUGGAAACGAUAUUUAAUCAACCCACUGAUCAUUUUGUCCCACCUCUAGUAAUGGCCAAAGCUAGAUUAAGCAAUGAUAUGACUGCAAUGUCUUUUGAAGAAAAGCUUGCACAAGAGCAUGAUGAUUAUAAAGAUAUAAAACAUCCAAGCAGUCAAGUGAAGAAUUCGGUGAAUGUAGAAAAUGACAACACGACAAAUGAAACUCCGACAACAUUAGCAAAUAGUGUUUUAAUUAGUGUCACGCAAUCAAAAAGUAACAACGAGAAUAACGAUAAAGAUUACACGAAAAAAGCAAUCCCGAAAAAAUAUACUUCAAAGUAUGCAAAAUACGAUGAUUCAAAAAGAAAAUCAAUUUCAAUAAUAAACGUCAAAAGGAGUUCAAAUAAAUCUAUAUUAUCUUUAGCACCAUCCUACACUACUGUAGGAACUCCUAUCUCAUUAUCAGAUACAACAGAAAAAGGAGAAAAACAGGAACAUAAUAUUCAAAAUGAAACUCAAAUACUCACUGAUGACAAUGAAAGAGAUGAAUCCUCUAUAGAGCUGACCGUGAUUAUUAGAGAACCUAAUGAUUUUGGAAAACAGGUUGUAGAAGAUAAAAGUAUUUAUAAUGAAACAAUUAACAUACCGGCGACGAACACGAUUAUAAAUUCUACAAAAUACCAACAAAGUGCGACAUCACCAAAUGUUUAUGUCUUACAUGAUGAAAUUAUCAAUAUUACUUUUAACAUAGAACAUAAUAACCACUCAACUGACGUUCAGGUUAUGGAAGUUUCCACAAAGAUGCCCAUCUUUAGAGACAAUAUAAGUAAAGUCCAAGAAUCAAAACCAACUUUGGAGCCACUCAAUAAAAGACCUUCCAAUUUCUCAGUUGAUUCCGAUUCUACCGUAACUGAAAUAAAUAAAAAUACAUCCGAGUUUACAGAGCACAGUGAUAUUUCUAUGACAUCAUUAAUAAAUACAUCUGAUACCUCUACCAAUUCAGAUGAUGAUUCGCAUAAUUUUACUGCCUCUGUUCAAUUGAUGUCAGAUACCCAUAUUUUAAAUAAUUCUGAAAAUACUACUGGCGCUGACACCAACGAUAAUAAUAUGACAGUGCCAACAAUAAUUUCUGACACAUCAGACAUUGAUAUCCAACAUGGUGAUGAUAAUCUAAGUGAAGAAGAAAUUGACGAUUUCCAAUCACCGUUGCUAUCUGGUGCGGUUGAACCGAUCCACAAACCAAUGAGAGGCCGGAGACCACAAAAUCAGAAUCACGCUAAAAAAUUCAACCCUUUUCGCAUAUUAGGUUAGGUUCGAAACACUAGUCUAUAAAUCUGUAUUUAGACUGCCAAGGAAUUCUACCCUUAGAUAUUAAAGGACUGAGAAGACGAUACACAAUUUCAUAGUAUUAGAUUUAAGACACAGUUACAUAUUGUGAUCGCACAGUGCACUUAGCAGAAUUACAUGAUGAUCCCUUAAUCAUGAUUGGUAUUUCAUUAGACUACAUAUUCAUUACAUUAAGACAUUAUUUAUUAAGCGCACCCUUAAGCUGACUGUCAAUCCCACUAGCGAGCGUUAGCGUAAAUUACUUCUCUAGAGUUUCUAGUGUUCUACCUACAUUAGAUGACGUAUUUUAAAUGAAGUCCCUCCGACUUCUAAUAAAUGUUUUAUAGUGAGUGAUUUGAGGUCGAACAUUUUGGUUGGCACAAAGAUUUUAUACAUACCUAGUUUGUAAGAUUUAUAGUAAAAGCGCGUGUUGCUUUCUUUAUAUACUUACAUUAUUUUGUGCUGCUCAUAAAAUAAAAUAUACCUACAGUGUAAUAAAAUAAAAUAAUACUCUUUUUACUUAAAUAAUGUUAAUACUCGCUACUGGGGCAUGGACCUUACUUUCACGAAUAAAUUUAAUCGUUCAUUACACUCAUAAUAUAUCGAUUAGUGUUCACGUAUUUUAAAAUGUCAAAUGGCAACCUAGUCAAUUCGUGUAUUUCGGAGUAUAGCAAAGCUAUGUUACAUUAUUUUAGAUCUAGUCACUUAGAAAGUAGCAUUACUGUAAAAUCAUUGCCAAAUUAAUGAAGA